UUUACAGACACUUUACUGAACUGACUGCACUUGAGAGAGGAAAAAGAUAGGAGUAGAAUCUAAAUGAGCUUUUUUACACUCUGAAUUUGAAUAAGGCAAAUUUGCAACUGGAAAACAGAAAAGCCAAUCUCAACUGAGAAAGAGAAACAGCAAGUGACAACAUAAUGGAGGAAGGGAGAAUUCAAGGCCAUAUGGUACCUACCGUGGGAUCCACUUUGAGGAUCAAAAGUGAAUGUAUCAGAGUAGUUCUAGCUGAGACCCUCUGCACAUUCAUCAUGAUGGUAUUUGGUCUUGGCUCUGUGGCCCAAGUAGUCACAGGAAGUGGGGCAUUUGGAGAGUACCUCAGCAUAAAUGUGGGCUUUGGGCUGGGCGUGGCUAUGGGCGUGCACAUUGGUGGCAAAGUGUCAGGAGCUCAUAUGAAUGCAGCUGUUUCAUUCACAAUGUGUGUGUUUGGCCAUUUGCGCUGGAAAAUGCUCCCAUUAUAUGUCCUCGCCCAGUUUAUGGGUUCCUUCCUUGCCGCUGGGACUGUAUUUUCACUUUAUUACGAUGCUAUACAUCAUUACUGUGGGGGCAAUUUGACUGUAUCUGGCCCAAAAGCAACAGCUGGGAUCUUUGCGACAUAUCCAGCCCCUUACAUCUCAAUCUACACUGGAUUCUUAGAUCAGGUUCUGGGCACUGCCAUGCUGCUGCUGUGUCUGAUGGCCUUUGCAGACCAGAGAAACCAGCCGGUUGUUCCUGGAGGUGAGCCUGUGGGUGUCGGGCUCCUGGUGCUUCUGAUCGGAAUCUCUCUGGGGAGCAACAGUGGCUAUGCCAUCAAUCCCUCACGAGACUUGGGGCCAAGAGUCUUCACACUGAUGGCUGGUUGGGGCCUUGAGGUGUUUAGGGCAGGCAAUGGCUGGUGGUGGGUACCUCUGGUGGCACCCUUAUUUGGAGGAGUGAUUGGGGCUUUAAUCUACAAAGCUUUUGUAGAGCUACACCACCUACACCAUUACAAUGACAUAAAGACACAAUCCAUAAGGGAUCCUGAAUGUGUUCCUCUGGAUAAGUGCAAGAACAGCAGUACAGAGAUAUGUGUGUGA